CGCCGCCGCCUUCUCCGGCUCCGCCGCGGGGGUCGCCGUGGCUGCCGCGCCGUCCCCGAGGUCCCGGCGUGAGGAGGAGGCGGGCGGAGAGCAGCGUCCAGUUGGAGACGGAGACCCAGAGGGAGCCCCGCGCGCGGCCUCGCUCAUGGCUAUGGACAGUGCUAUCACCCUGUGGCAGUUCCUCCUCCAGCUCCUGCAGGAGCCGCAGAACAAGCACAUGAUCUGCUGGACCUCGGACAACGGGGAGUUCAAGCUUCUGCAGGCGGAAGAGGUGGCCCGGCUCUGGGGGAUUCGCAAGAACAAGCCUAACAUGAACUACGACAAGCUCAGCCGGGCCCUCAGAUACUAUUAUGUAAAGAACAUCAUAAAAAAAGUGAACGGUCAGAAGUUUGUGUACAAGUUCGUCUCUUACCCGGAGAUUCUGAGCAUGGAUCCGAUGAAGGUGGGCAGGGUUGAGGGAGACUGUGAGGCCCUGAGCGGCGGUGAGGGCGGCGGCGGCUCCCGGGACGUGGAGAGCGGAGGGAAGGAGCGGCCCCCGCAGCCCGGUGCCAAGGCCUCGAGCCGCAACGACUACAUACACUCCGGCUUGUACUCUUCGUUCACCCUCAACUCCCUGAACUCCUCCAAGGGGAAGCUCCCCAAGUCCAUAAAGAUUGAGAAUCCGGCGGAGAGACUGGCAGAGAAGAAACCGCAGGAGCCGGCACCAUCCGUCAUUAAGUUUGUAACCACGCCUUCCAGAAAGCCUCCGGUGGAACCCGGGGCUGCCGCCGUUCCAACCGGCGCCAGUAUUUCCCCGUCUUCGGAAGACACUCUCCAAGCGCUGGGGACGCUGGCUUCCCCCAAGCUGCCUUCCCUGGAAGCCCCGGCCUCGGCCUGCAGUGUCGCCGCCGCGUUUCCCAGCACCCCGGUCCCGUCCCCUUCCUUCCAGGAGCCUCCCAGGACACCCUCCCCGCCGCUCAGCCCCAACCCGGACAUCGACACGGACAUCGACUCCGUGGGGCUGCCAGAGAGCUUGGCGCUGGAGCCCAAGGACCAGGACUCGGCCUUGCCGGGGAAGGACAAAGCCAGCGGCUCGUCCAGAUCCAAGAAGCCCAAGGGGUUGGAGCUGGCCCCCAUCCUCCUCAUCACGGGCAGCGACCCCAGCCCCCUGGGGAUCCUGAGCCCCUCGCUCCCCACAGCGUCUCUCACGCCAGCACUGUUCUCACAGACGCCCAUCCUACUGACCCCCAGCCCCCUGCUCUCCAGCAUCCACUUCUGGAGCACCCUGAGCCCCGUCGCUCCCCUCAGCCCGGCCAGACUGCAAGGUGCUAACACGCUUUUCCAGUUUCCUUCUGUUCUGAACAGUCAUGGGCCGUUCACUCUGUCUGGCCUGGAUGGACCUUCCACCCCCGGCCCCUUUUCCCCAGAUCUGCAGAAGACAUAACUGAUGCACUUGCAGAAAGAGAACCAAGGAACAGAGGGACACUCCGCAUGACCGCCUUUGAAGUGAGUGACGGAUGGUUCCACGUGCUGGUAACAGACUGUCGUGACUUUUGCUGUUCCCAUCGAAAUGCCUUGUUAGGAUUCCCUUCCAGGAAGACUCACGUUGGACUGUGCUUGAAAAUGCCUUAAUUGGAGUCUGAACUCCACCUCCCUCUUUUUCUUUCUCUUAUAUUUCUAACAAAUACUUGAGCUUUGUGUUAAGGAAAUUUUUGGUGGGGUUUAGCAGCUAGCUGUGUUUUGCAAGAGCAGCUAAGAACAAAGUUAUUCCUUCUGCCUUAUUGGGAUCCUUUGGUCAGAAAAAAAAAACUACGCUUUGAGCAUAUUAUUUAAAGAAAUACGAGUUAAGUGAAAUAGGCCAUAUCUCUAAGACUAAGUGUGCUUUGUUGGAUAACGAGAAGUGAGCUGUGCACAAGCAGGAGAGGAAUAAGAGUGAUUUCUGUUCGCUCGGAGGAAGACUGGAGCAGUGCUCUGGGGGUGGUUCUAUCUAUGUUGCUGUGCAGUCUAACCUAUGAAAAGCAGCUCUGCAAAGACGCAUCCUACUUACAUUUGUUUAGGAGGGUCUCUCAGCCAUACAUAUGUGUGAUCUUGUCCUGCCUACCGAGCAUGGAGCUAGUCCAUUUUAACGGAGGGAGAUUUUUAAACCUGGGGUGAGAAUAGGGGACCCCAUCUCUCGCACAGAAAAGCGGGCUGCUCGCUGGGUGUUACAGUUCCACAUCCGCGGGUGACAGCGUGGUGAAUGACCGCUUCUAGGAGAAUAAGCCCGGGCUUUGAAAUUGAGAGGCAUCCCUGAGUAAAAGAUCCAGUUGAAGAACUUGAGACAACGAGUGGCUUUUCCCAGUUAGAGGAUGCAUCCCGGCAUGAGGGACCCUUUCUCUUUCCUGUUCAUUGUACCUCAUUUUCCACUGUGUGUUGCUCUACUUUCAAAUGUAAGGUUGGGAGAGGCCGUGAUAGUUUUGAGGAUGCAAUUAGGAAGAUGAAAAGCCUCCAGAUCUGUAGGGAGGUAAAGGUGUGCUGAUGUCUUUGAAUGUUUCUUUUUAAGUUAGGGAGGAGCAGAAUUCCUUUGGGAAUUCUCCUGCAUAGGAAUUAGAUGGUUCCUAUUAGUAGUGGAAAUGUGGGCCCUACAGUACCCACCAGUCUCUGCAGUACCAAAUUUAUAAAAUACUACUUUAUGGUAAUCAAUACCAGCUUUGUUGAUCCCCCAAACUGAAUCGAUACCAACGUCUCAGUGGAAUCUUUUGAAAAUCUUGGCUUUAAAGUCCAGGAUUAGAUGGUAUAGGCGGCCACCCCCUCCGUCCCCCCCCCACCCACCCACUCUGUCCAUUAAACUAUUCUUUUAACCCUAGAAACAGUUCCUAUAGUUCAAUCGCAGGAACUAAAUGGAAUGAGGGAAUAAGGAAUUGAGGGCUCAAAGGGACCCUGAUCCAAAGCAGCACCUUCCAGGUGUGCAGUCUGUAAGUGCGUUUCCACCCAGGGAGGAGCAGCGCUCGUGUAAGACGGCUGAGCUAGUGCAGUGGUAGCGGAGGGAGUGUUCAGGGAGCUGCCUUUGCAAUCGGAGCGUUGGAGACCCGUGCCGGCUUCCUCGGUGGUCUCAGCCGAAAGGCCUGUUCCUGAGACGUGCAAUAGCAGCGUGGAGAGGUCGUGCUGUUCAGUAGCGAUGCAGACAGACUUCCCGGACUCCCCCCCAUGUUGAAUGGUUUAGUCCGCAUGCCUGGUUGAAAGUGGCCCUCUCAGCAGCACUUUGGAAUAGUUUCAUUAGGUUGCUUAAGAUUUUGUACACUAAAUAAGUAAAUAUUGAUGGGUUGACUGAAUUAGAUAUUUAAAAUUGUGAAAGCACAAAAAAUACCUUUUGGAAUUAAAGGAGAAAAGCCAUUGGUUUGUUUUCCCAGAUGCUCUCAUUCAUAAUUAACUGUUUCGGCACAGGGGUGCCUGGGAAGCGAGGAUUGGAACUGAGUCAGAGCAACUUCCUAGGAACGAGUGUUGGUGGAGCCUCGGUCCGUACACCUGCCCCGAGGCCUCUGGCCGGUGUGGGCCUCUGGGAGGCUGAUGGUGACCCGCUUCCUCUCUGAGAUCAGUUAAUCUGGGGAAGCUUUUGUGUGUGUGUGUCCUUUUUUAAAUGAAAGUUUACAGCCUUAGCUCAAGUGUCUGAGACGGACCGUUCUGUUUGUAAACUACCUCCUCCCUGGAGAAGUCUCAGAUCCAUAUUUUUUUGGACAUCCACGGAGUCCUUAGCAUCCACGGGUGACAUACCACUUCGGACCAGUACGCUGGAGAGACUUCCGUUUGGUAGCCGUCGCUGGAUCCAUCGCCAGCCACUCAGCCAGGGUGAAUGUUGGUGGGCGAAGGCAGCCUAAGUUGGGACCGGGGAGCAGGUUGCAGGAGUCUUUGAGACAUCUGCUGCGAUUACCUUAGCUCUCCGUCUGCUCUGGUCCAUAUCUACUCAGUUGUUUGCUGGAAACUGUUUAACUGCCAGGCUCUCUGGAGGGGAAAAGAAGCCCUGACGUGUAGCAUUUGCUGAUUGCCAUGUGAGACUUCCUCCCCACAGGGCUGAUUUUAGCUACCACCUUGGAGCUGAGAGGGGACGCGCAGAGCCGCACCCUCAGCCUGCAGCCCGCUGCCUUCAUUCCGCCCUGGGGUGGUGGAUUUUCACAUAGUUUCUAAAACAUUCUUUUUUUCAUAUGCUGAUUUUUAAAAAUACAAAAUUAAAACCACAUGUCUGACUUCAGUAAUCUUUUUUAUGGUUUGUCACUGCUUUUGUGAUGUUAGAUUCCUCAUGGAAUAUUUUGUGUGUUCAAACAAAGGUGGAAACUGCCAUUGAUUUUUUAAAAAAAUUUAUACAUAAUGAGAAUCCAGAAACCCUCUAAAGGUCAACCUUCAGCUUCUUAGAGUUAAAAUAUAGGCUGAAUUUUUCUUCUUAUUUUUAUGGUUAAAAAAUAAGUUUAAUUCUUUUUCUUUAAAUUUUGAUGGGAAAAGUAAGCUCAUGAGCCUAUACUACAUAGUAAAAGGGUCUGAAUAUAUAUACACACACACACACACACACACACAUAUUUUAAUUGAUUUCUGAGAGGGAGGGAGAGGGAGAGAGAGAUAGAAACAUCAGUGAUGAGAGAGAAUGAUUGAUCGGCUGCCUCCUGCACGCCUCCCACUGGGGAUCGAGCCUGCAACCCAGGCAUGUGCCCUUGACUGGAAUUGAACCCUGGACCCUUCACUCUGCAGGCCGAAACUCUAUCCACCGAGCCAAACCAGCUAGGGCUGGAUUUUUUUUUUAACUGGAAGAAUUUCUUAAAGAUUUAUGUACUAUGUUAGAGAUUUUAAAAAAAGGCAGAACUAUUUAUCUGAUACAGUUUCUAGCUUCUCCAUAUUAUGUGUCACUUAAGCUGUCUGUUGCUAGGAUUACUUCAGCUCCCUUCACAUCUGUCAGUGUGUCAUGUCAUCUAGUGACGUUGUUCCAUCCUGACCUCAGAAUUUGUGUUAUGUUUCUAAAGUUCUAAAAGGCAGUUCUCUGUGUUUGUAGUGAAUUUUAAGCACCUUAGAGACACUCAUUGGCAUUUCAGCAAAGCCGUCUCCAACUUUUUUGACCAGACACCUUGAUCAGGAAAAGUUUUUGAACACAAAUUCCCUCUUGCAGAUUCGUACCUGUUAAGUUAUAUACCGCUAUACUGAAGUAAUAUGUACAUAAGACAUACACAAAAAUAGAAAUAGGGUGGCAUAAAAAGAAAGUCUUGAGGCCCUGGCUGGGUGGCUCAGUUGGUUGGAACUUCGUUCCGCACACCAAAAGAUGGCAGGUUCCAUUCCCUGUCAGGGCCCAUACUUAGGUUGUGGGUUCGAUCUCUGGUUGGGCUGAGUACAGAGGCAACCAAUUGAUGUUUCUCUCACAUCGAUGUUUCUCUUUCUCUCCCCCUUCCUCUCUCUAAAGGAAAAAAAAGUAAGUCUUGAGUAGAAGUUCUGUUUCUUGCUGCACCGGUGGCUUGUCUGGCCACACGCACUCUAAAGACCACUGACUCAGGAUAUUGCUUCUCAGUGUAAUCUUGAAAAAACCAACCAACCAUGGAUGCUUUUGUUGGAUGUAUAGAGAAAUCCUUUACAUGUCUGAUCUGAUUUUCAUGUAAAAUCUCUCGUGGAGAUUUGGAAUUUUUCAGGAGAGCUUGUCAUCAACUUUCUGAAAUUUCAUAUUCAUCCUUUUUCGUAAGUCACCAAGUAACCCAUUACCAAAUGGUUCCCAGAGCUUCAUGAGAAUUGUUUUGGGCAGGCUGUUGCCUCUUUUUCCUUCAUAGUAGGUGUAACUCUGUAAUGUGCUUUUAUUUUACUAUUCUGCUCACAAACUUCUCUGGCCUUAUUAGUAUUAUAUUUUACCAAUAAAUUCAGAAUUAAGUUGCUUUAUGUUAAAAUACAUAGUAACCUCCAUUUUACUGCUGCAUUAGUAUGUUUUUCUUUUCUUUUUCUUUGUAACAUUUCAGCAUCUGAAGAAAUACUUUUCUUGAUGGGUCUGUUCUGUGUGUCACUUCAUUUAUUUUACUUAUCCAUGCCAGAAAGCUAGGCCUGUGCUGAGGCACCGUUCUUAGGUGUGUAAACAGGUGUGGAGACAAAGCAGGUACUCUGACCAGAAAAUGGGUUCUAUGGAAAGUAUUUGGUUAGUUACCUUCUCGAUUUGGAGCAAAUAAAUGCUUUGUUACUGUUUUUAAUGCUGCAGGCAUAGCCUGCAACAAGGUGCUCUGUUAUUCCUCUUAGGUCAGAAUUCUGCUUUCCGAAGUCAAUGUUUUAAUCUUAGGAUCUGGAAAUCUUGUGGGUGGUAGUGUAUUAAGCAAGAAAAGAAGGCGGUUUGAUUUCAUUUCUCAUACUUGGCGGAACCUGUGAUAUAUAAAAAUCAAGUUUUGACCUGUCAGCAGAGCAGAUCUGAAAGGUGAGUUGUUUAUGUAGUAUAAAUAUUCCACUUGAAGCUGCCAGGUUCUUCAAGCUAUUUUUCGGGGGGGGGGGGGGGGGGGCGGAAAUCGAUUGCCAUAGAUUGGCAGCCUGUCAGAAUAGAGCAGUUUCUCGGUGCAGCCGUUCAUGCUUCGCCAUUAUGAAAGCUGGAAUCCAGAGUGGUCUGUGGACAGGGAAAUGUUGGCUUUAAGCUUUCUUUAGAAACCAGAAAACUCAAGUUGUCGUUAACAUCAUUUAAAAUGAAACCUUUAACAAGAAAAUUCAUGAGGGAUACAAUCAAACAUAGUAAAUCGCUUGAACGUUAGUCUUUUGAGUAUAAUAUAGAUCAGGAAGUUUUAUGAGGUUUAAAAUUUUAUUUUUAAAUAUUUAAUUAAGAUACUAGAGUAUUUCUUCCCAAGCAUUCUGAUUUAUUGGCUGAGUGUGUGUAUGUGUGUGUGUGUGUGUGUGUGUGUGUGUGUGUGAGUGAGUGUGAGAUAUAUUGACUGUGUGUGUGAGAAUCUGUUUUUCAGAGGAACCAUUUAUUAUUCAUCCUCUAGGAUGGCUCCUGGGCUAUUUUAUACUAAAAAUU